UGUCAGUUAAGGAUCCACAUGACAGUUAAGCUAAUGCUGUUUAACAUCUGCAUGCAACAAACUGAAACUCAAUCCUGCUGGUAUUGUUUUGCUUGUUGGUGGGAGUGAGUAGUCCCACUGCCAUGCUUUGCCAGCAGUUCCCAUGCUGUAAUGACCAUCAGUGUGUGUGACAGAACCAUAGAACCACCUCUGCAAACUUUCUGCAAAUAUUUACUCCUAAAUAAGUCUGAGUUCAGUGGUAUUCACUGUCAGGUAAGGAUGCAAAGGACUAAAGUACUUAUCUGAUUUCUAAAGCACCAGAUCUUACGCAAUGUCUUACCUACCUCAGACAGCUUAUUGAGAAAAGUGUGUUAUAUUAUUUCCCCACCACCACCUCAUUGCUAAUAUUUUUGCAUGAGCUUCUUUCUGAUUAGCAUGAUGGGCAGUGCCAGAACAAACCCCUUUGGUCUUCCAAUAUUUAUUCAGCAGGACAAAUCAGGAGAAUAAGAGAUCCAACUGAUAUUUAAAAUCCCAUCAACUUGACAGCCCUCUUUAAAAUAUCAGAUGUUAACCAUGCAAGGUCAGGGCACUGCACAUGUAUAAAUCAUCGAGAGCCAUCUCUAAAGUCAGUUUGCGGCAAGGAAAAAUCCUAUUAAUAAGGUGUCAAUCUUAACUGAAACUUCACUUCUUGGCCAAUUAUGAUAAAGAUCUCAGGGUGAAGUUUAAUUCCAUCUGGAGCAUGGAUAUUUAAUGAGAUGAGACAAAGGAGAGAGAAAACCACAAACAGAAAUCAGCUUUAUAAUGUUCACAGCAAGAAGGCAAUUUUAUUUUAAACAGAGGAGACAUGGAAAUCAAGUUAUUUCCAACAUACCUUUUUUUACAGUUCUCUAGAGUGGAACCCUUCCCUUUUAAGGCUAAAUGUUGUUAUAACAAAUUUCUGUGCCAAAUAAUCUAAACUCCUAACCUGUAUGCUUAGAGAAUAUUUACAGUACAGUAUUUCCCCCUAGCAGUUUAAGAAAAAGCCAAAGAAAAGCUUGGAGAUAGUGCAUUAAUUUGUAAGCUGAUAGGAUACUUCCCCCAGGUAGUGAAUUUACAUGACUUUACUUCAGCCGUGGUAGGACUUGUGGCCCCCAGAUGCUGCUGGACUCCAACUCCCAUCAGCCCCAGUCAACAUAGUGGAGCUCAGCAAUGGUGGAAAAUGUAGUCCAAUAAUACCUGGAAGACCACAGGUUCCCCGAUUUAGUUUGGGUCAAACUAAAAAAUAUAGGAAACAAUCCCCUCAAAGCUUGCCGUGGCUUUCAGCCCUUUUCAAAUUGCAGCAUUCAGCCCUGGUUCCUACCUGUAUUCACACUCCUCCUUUUUUAAAAAAAUGAUUUCCUUUGAAAAUUACUUACCACAUUUAAGCCAAAAUCUGCAAUUCUCCUCCCCCCCUUUUUUUCCUUUUGCUGUCAUUUUCAGUUGCUCAAACAGCUCUCCUUCCCCAGGGAAUUCCUUCUUUCUAAAGUCAUUGAACAUUUUGAGUUGCUUGUAUCCCGGGCAGAGAUUCAUCCCUGAGUGUUUGGAAUAUUGCUUAUAAAUGUUUCAUGUAGCCAACCUACUUCAUAACUUUAUUUCAUAAAAUUCGUAUACCACUUGAUUGUACGGGGGUGGGGACGACUCAGUGGGGUUCUCUCUCAUGGCAGAUUAAAGAGCAGAUUUUAAACAGUGCGUGGUCUUUUUUUCCACCCUCCCUCAUUUAUUUCAAUGUUUGACCUGAGAAUCCGGUGGAAAGCCGACUCAAGAGUACUGGGCCAUUCCCAAUUCUAAGAUGGUAACAGCAAAUGUCAUAAUAUAUGUCGCUGUGAGAAGCGCUCUCUACUCAGGAUUCCAGUCUUUCUAUUCCACCACUACUCCAGCUUCCAUUUUUAGCCAUGACCUCUGAGCAGGCUCAGUUGUCAUUGCACUGUGUUGGGGUUUCUCUCAUAGAAUCAUAGAAUCAUAGAGUUGGAAGAGACCACAAGGGCCAUCGAGUCCAACCCCCUGCCAAGCAGGAAACACCAUCAGAGCACUCCUGACAUAUGGUUGUCAAGCCUCUGCUUAAAGACCUCCAAAGAAGGAGACUCCACCACACUCCUUGGCAGCAAAUUCCACUGUCGAACAGCUCUUACUGUCAGGAAGUUCUUCCUAAUGUUUAGGUGGAAUCUUCUUUCUUGUAGUUUGGAUCCAUUGCUCCGUGUCCGCUUCUCUGGAGCAGCAGAAAACAACCUUUCUCCUCCUCUAUGUGACAUCCUUUGAUAUAUUUGAACAUGGCUAUCAUAUCACCCCUUAACCCUCCUCUUCUCCAGGCUAAACAUGCCCAGCUCUCUUAGCCGUUCCUCAUAAGGCAUCGUUUCCAGGCCUUUGACCAUUUUGGCUGCCCUCCUCUGGACACGUUCCAGUUUGUCAGUGUCCUUCUUGAACUGUGGUGCCCAGAACUGGACACAGUACUCCAGGUGAGGUCUGACCAGAGCAGAAUACAGUGGCACUAUUACUUCCCUUGAUCUAGAUGCUAUACUCCUAUUGAUGCGGCCCAGAAUUGCAUUGGCUUUUGUAGCUGCCGCGUCACACUGUUGGCUCAUGUCACGUUUGUGGUCAACCAAGACUCCUAGAUCAUGUUCACAUGUACUGCUCUCAAGCCCGGUGUCCCCAUCUUGUAUUUGUGCCUCUCAUUUUUUUGCCCAAGUGUAAUACUUUACAUUUCUCCCUGUUAAAAUUCAUCUUGUUUGUUUUGGCCCAGUUCUCUAAUCUGUCAAGGUCGUUUUGAAGUGUGAUCCUGUCCUCUGGGGUGUUAGCCACCCCUCCCAGUUUGGUGUCAUCUCUCACAAAGAUUUUCCAUGCUUCUGCAAAACUCGGGUUCCACUGAAACUUCUGGUAUCUCCCUGAUGUGCAUGGCUGUUGCCAGUUUGGCUAAACACGCAAUGGAACUCAUCAAACUCAGGAAGAUGCCUUAUUCCGUGUCAAACCAAUGGUCCAUCCAGCUCAGUAUUGUCUAUGCUGAUUGCCAACUACUCUCCAGGGUUUUAGGCAGGGGACAUCCCCAGCCCUGCCAAGAGAAGCUGGGGAUUGAAUCAGGGACCUUCUGCACACAAAGUGGAUGAUCUUCCACUGAGCUAUGGUGCUGUCAGUCAUGAAUAUCCUUAUCUUAAUGGCUUUUCCACACUGUCAUUUCUCAUCUCAGAUUUGUGUCCAUUUAUUCUUUUGCACAGAGACUAGCCUGUUUGACCCAUGUAAAAUGUAGCUUAUCGGGAGCAUUUUCCUAAGUGAAAAUGGGCCUCCUUUUAAAGGCUAAAAGAACUAGAAGGACAAAGCAAGGAGAGAAUUACCCAGCAAUUUCAUCCACUCUUACAUUGCUGUACAUUUGGCAACUUGAACCCAUGCAAGUUUAUCAGGCAUUUGGGAGUCACUACAAUAAGUCUCAUCCCUCCACUGCACAAUGCUAAAAUGAUCUGUGUGCUGUUUGAAUUUACAAAGGUGUACAGUAAUAGGGGGGGAAAGAAUGCAAACCCACAUCAUAUCACAUUCAGCUAUAUUGGUUUGUGUAGUUUGCCCUCAAAGCUAUUCUAACUAAAUUUCAGACAUAAAUUGUUUGUUUUGCUCUAGUGAGCAUAAGCCUCUACUCAAUCUGUGUUAAUAAUACAUAAUAUCAUAGCAACAGCAGGCUUUCUAAGACAUCAUUUCACCAAUGGCCUUCACUUACACAGCAUGCAAAAAAGAUAUAUAAUUUAGAAAAUUCAGGUUGGUUUGGGGGUCUGUGAAAAACCAAUGAGUGACAUUUGAAGAGAUGGCUUCAGGAUAUUCCUUGGAACCAUUUCUUCCAAUGCCUUUUAAGAUUAUUUUUCAUAAAUAACUUUAGCCUAAGACAAUGCAUGAACAUUCUUUCCCAAAUAUUUAUUCAUCCUAGGAAAGCUGUUCCACAGUCUUCUACUCUUAUUCCUAUUAUACUUGCUUUUGUUUCCCCACUACAGUGGAACCUUGGUUCCCAAAAGGCUUAGUUGCCGAACAAAUCGGCUCCCAAACGCCGCAAACCCGGAAAUAAGUGUCUCCGGUUUGCAAACGUUUUUUGGAAGCUGAACAUCCAACACGGCUUUUCCUUGAGUGCAGGAAGCUCCUGCAGCCAAUCGGAAGCCGCGCCUUGGUUUCCGAACGGUUUCGGGAGUCAAACAGACUCCCGGAAUGGAUUAAGUUUGAGAACCAAGGUACCACUGUAUCAUGGAGUGAGGCACCGGGAAGUUUGAAGUCCUCCACUAUAGAUUUGAACUGAGGGCUGAUUUAGCUGAGAAUUCCAUAACGGUGGUACCUCGGGUUACAGACGCUUCAGGUUACAGACUCUGCUAACCCAGAAAUAGUACCUCGGGUUAAGAACUUUGCUUCAGGGUGAGAACAGAAAUCGCAUGACGGUGGUGCAGCAGCAGCGGGAGGCCCCAUUAGCUAAAGCGGUACCUCAGGUUAAGAACAGUUUCAGGUUAAGAACGGACCUCCAGAACGAAUUAAGAAUGGAUCAGUAUUGCUGGUGCUGUGGGAGCCAGGGCACCCCCUACCCGGCACAUUAUUCUGGGUACCUGGUACUUGUUGAAGAGUCAGUAAAUAGUCUUUUGUUCUUGUUGGCAUCCAUCAGUCUCAAGAGACCAUGGAGUGUGCCUUUGGGGCUGAAGUCAAACCGCUGUGUUAGCAGCACUGAAGUGAUCUCCCCGGGGCUCAAGCCUGGGCAUUAUAUAUGGAGGUCCUGGGCUGCCCAGAUGACAAGACCCCCCUCUUGGCCUCACUGAUGUGGUCCAAAGGAAAGGAAAGGAAAGCAAGACAUUUGGCACCAGCUUGGCUGCAGGAGUUGCUGAAAGGAGGCGUACAAGGCGCCAGAAGGAGAUAUAGAAGACGCCAUCCAAACAGUCUUAGGGACUCCACUCUGGAUUUGUGUAGAGUUAACUCCUUAGCCUUUUCUUCUCCCAAAGAUAUCCCACAAGGCAGCAAAGAUUUCAGAUCUGGGUUUUCCUUCUCCUAGAUGGGCUCCCUUCCCAGGUUGACAAGCCCCAUCUGCCCCUCACUUCCCUUGACAGCAUGUGCAGAAACCGCCUUCUUGACCACUGGAUCCACUAUUGGUCUCGUCAACUCCAUCUGCCAGAGCCUGUCUUCUUAUGCAGGGGAAGCCCCUAACUCACCGAGGGUUUGAGACCCAUCGACUAUGCUCAACUGGUUUGGCUUGUGUGGGCACAGCUUCUACCUUUUAUACAGAAAUGCUCUUUCAGUGGGUGCCCACGGGUUCAUGGAGAUUGCAACCCAUCUUCAUUCCUUGCUGCAGAAUUAAUAAAGGGAAGCCAAGCGGCAUAGAAGUUGUCUGCAUUUUGACACACACACGCAUACCCCGCUGCCACCACCACACAACCAGUGAGUUGAUUUGACCACAGGAACCACAUUCCACAGUUGCUGCUGCCUGCCUCACAUCAGUUCAGCGUUCAGAGUUCUGCAAUGCUUUGCAGUUGUAAGUCAGUCUGCUGUCAAAAGUUGAACAAUAAGUUCCUUGUGGAUCAAGUCCCGGACCUCAAAAUUCAAAUAGCAAAAGAACAGUGAUUGGGGGAUUUAACUGAAACUUUUGGCUUGCCAUCUGUUCCACUUGUUGAGAAACAUUUACCACAAAUUGACUAACUAAGGGCCAGACUCACCACAAAUUGGGGAAGGGGGGAGAGCAAAAAUGAUCACAUUCCCUCCAACAGUUUGCUGUACUCAUUUUUCUGAUUUUAUUUAACAAGGAGGGGUAUAUAGACCAGCGGCUUGGAACUUUCAGUGCCUUUUCCUCAAACUGUGUAUAGCCAGGUCUUCCAACCAUUCCUUAUAGGACUUGGUUUUCACACCCCUCAUCUUCCUGCUGCUCUGAACACUGUCCCAUUUUGUCAAUGUCCUUCUGGAAAUGUAGCAACCAAAAUUGGACAAAAUAUUCCAGUUUAAAACUUUCGAUUUUUCUUUCUCCAGGGUAGAUGUGUGUUCACGGCUGCCUCCUGCUGGACACAAUAUGCACGAUUCCUAGAUCUGCUACUAGAAAGCUUGUUAAAGCUGUGACCAUUGAAUAUCAAGAAUAUUGUGAAUUUGCAACCCAAAUAUUGUUCAUUCAAUUUAUUUAUCCAUUGCACUGAUUCAUCACAAUAUGCGUUUAAAAUCUAAGCUUGCUUAGCAUUGGCAUGCUGCUGGCAAGCUACAAAGCUCACUAGGAAGAAUUGCUAUCUUCCUUACCUACCUCGCAAGGGUGUUGUGAUCAUAAAAUGCCUCGCUGAGCUAUUGGGAGGAAGGGCAGCUUAGAAACAUGAGAAAUUGAUUACAACUAAGUAGUAAGGGUUAAAAAAAAAAAUGUCUCAUAAGCCCCCUAGCCCAGUCAUAACCACUUAAGGACACAAGAAAGCCCUUUUGGAUCAGGCCAAAGAUCCAUUUAGUCUGGAAUCCUGUUUUCACAGUGACCAACCCAAAACCCCAAUGGGAAAUCCUCAAGCAGAAACUGAGUGGAACAGUGUUCUUUUUUAACGACCAGUGUGGUUCCCAAAGUAACUUGGUGCGCUUAGGACUGUUGCUUAAGACUUGAUUCUUAUAGGACAAAGAUGGGCAACCUUUUCUCUGUUCUCUCAGAGGCAACCUGUGUCAGGGACCACAUGCAGACAAUGGGCAGGGCUGAAGGGGGUUUUCUUGGGGCUCUGGCAGGGAAAGAGAGAGAAGCGUGAGUCAUGUUACUUGCCCAGGAACACGUCCUGAAGACGUGUGCCCAGUUUUGCAGUGGGAAAAGUUGGAAGCUAUGGAAUACCAGUUGCUGGGAAUUGCAAGUGGGGAACUGUUAGCUCUCACGUCCUUUGUGGGCAUCAGUUUGGCCAAUGAAAACAGGAUGCCUGAUCUUAUUAUUAUUAUUAUUAUUAUUAUUAUUCAUUUAUACCCCGCCUUCCCUGGCCAAAACCAGGCUCAGAGCAGCGGCUAACAUCAAAUGUAUAACACAUUAACAUAAAAUCAGACAAUCAGUUAAAAAUACAUUCUAAAAUCAGAUCCGGAUCAGAAUAAAAUCCAAUUAGAUGGCAACCCACAGAUUAGGGUUGGGGACCUUAAAUGCUCACCAGGCCCAACUGUUUGUGCUGAACUUAUAUGGGCCUGUGAGAAAAACUGGGAGGCCACUUUCAUGCAAAUUCUUAUGAAAGGGGAGAGGGCGUCAGACUGAACCCCGGCCAAAGGCCUUGCGGAACAGCUCCGUCUUGCAGGCGCUGAGGAAAGAUGUCAAACCCCGCAGGGCCCUGGUUUCUUGUGACAGAGUGUUCCACCAGGCCGGGGCCACAGCCAAAAAGGCCUUGGCCCUGCCGAGGCCAGUCUAAUCUCCUUGAGGCUCAGGACCUCCAAAAUGUUAUUAUUUGCGGACCGUAAGGUCCUCCGUAGGGCAUACCAGGGGAGGCGGUCCUGUAGGUACGAGGGCUUUUAUGGGGUGAUGCUGAGCCUCUCGUGCUAUCUCAGAAGUGUGUGAAGCAGCAGAACAGAAAAGAGCAGGCAGGCAAAGGCUUCCACUCCACCAAAUAGUGUAAGAAUCCACUAUUAGUUAGUAUAAGCAUUUAGAGAAAUAUUCUGAAUCUGCUGCCACAGGGGCAUGUGUCUUCUCUACCCCAGCUGGUUCCUAACAGGCCAACAAUUGGAUUUUUCAAAUUUUUGCUUUAGCUUCAUUAAUUAGGAUGGUUAUUUAAGAACAAGUCCUUUUUAUUAUCUUGUAGGUAGAAAACAUUAUUCACUUGCAUAUCAAACACUUUCGGUCCCUAAUUAACUGCUAGCUUUCGGUACAAAAAUUAGAAGCAUUGAUUUGGCAUCAUGAAUAAGCCCUUUUAAUCAUCUCCACACAUUAGCAGUAAUGAAGAGGCAAGGAAGCUCCAGCAAUUUGCAAGAUUUCAUUUAUUUUGCAUUUCUGCUGGUUAGAUGCACUUCAAGUAUAUAUUUUUGGGGUGGAAAUAGUGGAUGUGAUCCUCAGUUGCUUUUAUAAGAACUAGCAAAUGAACAGUGGUGUGUGUUUUGGACUCAUUCAGAGCAGUAAAAGUAUAUCUGAGUUUUUAGUUUAGAAGAAAGAAAAGCACAUGGGAUUGUGAUAGAAAUUCACCGUGGCUGUUGGCACACAUUGGAACUGCUAGGGCAGAAGGCAGAGAGACCAACAGUAGGGGGAGCACUCCCUGAGAAAAUAGUUUCAUUCCAAAAAUAAAAGCUUACUGCAGAUUAAUUCUGUAUUGCUCUGUUAAGGAAAAUUCCGGGUUGAGAGACUACUCAACAGCCCAGCUUGUUGGGGUACAAGUCCCCCACGGGUCCAUGCGGUCAGUAAAAGAAGGAAAUUCCAGCCAAGCAAUUUGGAGCAAAACAGCAGUCAGUGGACUUAGAUCAGGGGUCAGCAAACUUUUUCAGCCGUGGGCUGGUCCACCGUCCCUCAAAUAUAGUCUGGCCCCCCACAAGGUCUGAGGGAAAGUGGACCGGCCCCCUACUGAAAAGGUUUGCUGACCCCUGGCUUAGAUGCUCAUCAGUACAUCAUUGCUACAUCACUAACAUGUCACAAAAGGGGAGGGUUACAACAAGAUUAGCAUAGACAGAUAUGUCAGGGCAACACCCAAGUAUAAGAUUAGCAUAGGCAAACAUGUCUUAAGUACCCACCACCCAAAAGUACACUAGAACUUCCUUUGGAGCCUGAGGCAAGUCUGGUGAUGAAAUUUGGCAUCCCUUGGAGAACAAUGAGCCCAGCAAUUGUCACCUCUGGGAAUUUUCUGGGUAUGAGGUGUGUAUACAUGUCUUCAAGCUUGGGGAGGUGGCAGGGGAACGAGUCCUUUUUCCAAGGGCAAAAUGGCAUUGGAAUGGAGGAACUUGGCAAAGGAGUAAUUUCCUUAACAGCUCUGAAGUGUGUCAAUUGAAAACAGGUGUAGGCCAUCCUAUCUAAUGACACUGGGGGCAGGCAGACACCAAGACCUCAGUCACCACCUCUUCCUUCUUCAUUCACCUGGGCUUGUGCAAGGAGGAAAAGACACACGUGACCUAACCAAGGGGAGAGUUUUCAAACAUGUAUCUAGCCGCACCUGCCCAGGUGGAUGGCAGGAUAUUGCAUCAGUCUAGAUUGAAAAUAGCAUGUCGACUGCAUACUGCAUACUAAGAAAAAACUACCGUACAUUUUUUUUUGCUACAGAAAGUGAAAUAUACUCAGAGUCAAGAGUGGAUUUCAUGCUCUUUAUUCAGCUCAUAGUGGUGAGGAGGAAUGGAAGUUCCCCCAGAAUAUCUGCUUUAUAUACAUUAUUUAUACAAUGGGCCCCACAUGAUUCACUAAUUCUGGGAUUCACCUGUAGGCCAGUCAGGUUGUGGAUUUACUUCCACCUGGAGCUGGAUUGGGUGGCUCCUGUGGACCAAUCAGACUGCUGCAUUCUGAAUCCUAUUGUUCUAGGACCAAUCAGACUGCUGCAUUUUGGAUCCUAUUUAACUCAGUACAUAACAGAAAGGUUAGUCUGUGCACAGCCCUGUUAUUCUAUAUGUUUGGCAAUUAUGCUUUCCUCCAAUUUUUCUGGAACAGAUAUUAAACUAACCAGCCGGCCAUUUUCUGGGUCAUCCCAGAUAUCCUUUUAAAAAUUGGUGUCACCUGAGGACAGGAAAGCAGCCAAUGUAUGGAGGCAGACUUUGGGAGAAAGUUACAUAUCUUUGUUAGAACCAUAGAACCGUAGAGCUGGGAGGGACCAUGAGGCCCAACCCCUUGCAAUGCAGGAAUCUUUUGCGCAACAUGAACCCACAACCCCAAGAUCAAGAGACUCAGGCUGUACUGACUGAGCUACUCAGAUCAGCAGUUUUGCGUUUGGGUUCUUUAAGAAUCGUUCUGAGGAUGCCAUCUAGACCCAGUCAUUCAGAAAGAGCUGCCUUGAAGGUCCUGGCUUCCAAACCCCUCCCUAGCAACCUACAUUGCUCUUCCAAGACCUUAACAACAUUUCACCAUCCAAACAUUUGCGCACCUACAUGCAGCCUGUAAUGGUACAGGCCAACACCAGAGGCGGUUUUAGGGUAGCGCAACUGGUGUAGCCGUCCUAGCUGCCAUGCUGAAGGGGCUGCCGCAACAAUGCUAUAGAAUGGAGUGUGGGUACCACAUUUUAGAGGGACCAGGUGGCACUGUGGGUUAAACCACAGAGCCUAGGACUUGCCGAUCAGAAGGUCGGAGGUUCGAAUCCUCGCGACGGGGUGAGCUCCCGUUGCUCGGUCCCUGCUCCUGCCAACCUAGCAUUUCGAAAGCACGUCAAAGUGCAAGUAGAUAAAUAGGUACCACUCCGGCAGGAAGGUAAACGGCGUUUCCGUGCACUGCUCUGGUUUGCCAGAAGCGGCCUAGUCAUGCUGGCCACAUGAUCCGGAAGCUGUACGCCGGCUCCCUCGGCCAGUAAAGCGAGAUGAGUGCUGCAACCCCAGAGUCGGUCACGAGUGGACCUAAUGGUCAGGGGUCCCUUUACCUUUACCACAUUUUAGCACUGCACGGGGCACCGCUGAAAUUUGAGAACACAAAGUCCGCCUCUGGCCAACACUACAAACAUCAGAUUUUGCCACUGUGGGGAUGGGAUGAAUCAGAGCCGUGUGUCCACUUUGGUUUGGAUGCUAGGCGGUGAGCCGUCGCUGUCUCUUGUUCCGUGUUAUGAUGCUGCCCAGAGGGUUGGAAGAAGCUAAGGUGCAGCAUAAAUUACUACUGCUGUGGCAGCAGGAAGCAAGAAGCCAGACCCUUGAGUGUGACAUUUGAUUGAAUAUGCAACUGCCGUAAUGAUCUUCCCUCUGGGUGUCAAACACUCACUGUUUGCCUCCCAGUGCAUGGAAGGACUGGAAAAGAAAUGCUUUAAUGCAGCCUUGUGCUCCAUUAUAUUUCCCUGUCAUCUUGCUGCGCCCUUUUCUUCUCCUUUCCUGCCUCCAUUCUGGCCCCUCUGCACGCACACGUUGCUGCCCCUCUCUGGCCCCCAGGCUGCUGCGUAGCAAGACCUGGCUGGCCUUGUUGUAUUUUAAAUGCCCGUGAAUUAAAUCACAUUUUUUUAUACUCUUCAAAAGCAGUUAUCUCACAGCGCACGCAACAAACAGAAAAUGAGAUUUGCAUUUUAUUAGACACACUGGCGCUUGCCUGCGUCUUCACUUCCAAGCUAGGCUAACUCACUUAGCGGCUCACGGGUGUAAUUACAGUUCCCUCCAGGAUGGUUUCAGAACUGAUUUAACCUGCUCAGGAAGGAUGGCAGGUGAAGCGUUUUCUUUGGCUAUGCUUCCAAGUGCGUGUAGAAAACCUGAGUAUACAAACAUUAUGGUUGCCCCCAAUGGGCUCCCACAGCUGGUGUCUGAAGCCAAGUGCACAGGACAUUUAAUCCAUAUGUAUCCUGGAGUAAUACUCCUGUCUGUUGCCUUGAACCAGCUUCCAUCCCACUGGAAAACACAAGCUGCAGUUAACCUGAAGUGCAUGCAGCUCAAACUGCCUUUGCACACAGAACUGGAGAAUCUAGUCCAUGGGUAGGCAAACUAAGGCCCGGGGGCCAGAUCAUGCCCAAUUGCCUUCUCAAUCCGGCCUGCGGACGGUCCAGGAAUCUGUGUUUUUCCAUGAGUAGAAUGUGUCCUUUUAUUUAAAACGCAUCUCUGGGUUAUUUGUGGGGCAUAGGAAUGCGUUCAUUAUUAUUAUUUUCAAAUAUAGUCCGGCCCCCCACAAGGUCUGAGGGACAGUGGACCGGCCCCCUGCUGAAAAAGUUUGCUGACCCCUGAUUCUAGUCCAAACCCCUGUAAUGCAGGAAUCUCAACUAAAGCAUCCAUGCAGACUACCAUCCGACCUCUGCUUAAGAACCUCCAAUGGUGGAGAGUCCAAAUGCACAGUCGACAGUGCAUGUACAGAUCACAGCUUCCUGAAGUGGGAGAUGGAAGGGUUGCCAGCAUGGGGAAAUAAAUCAGAUAAUGCCCAUUGGGGGAAGACAGACCCAUCCCCUCUGUGUGUGCAGCAAAUGCAAAUGCCAUUUGAAACACAGCAGGAGGAAAACGACAUCCCCGCAUUUUAAGCUGCUAAUAGUUCUGCUUUUUUCCCCUGCAAAGACAAUGCCAUUUCCCCCACAGCCAUUAAAAAAAUGCUCUACAGUACAACGAAUCUAUGCUUUUUGAAGGUGCCACAAGGCUCUUUGUUAUAUAAGCACUAGAUCUCCCAUAGCCACAAUUAUGUUCUUAGCGUCAGAGUGUAUACAUAUGUUCAAUGCUACCAGUAUGCAUAAUGUCAAUUUGCACUCUGGAAACCUCUGUCAAUCACUGAGCAAGUUUGACUUGCUCUGUGUGGCAUGCUCUAUUCUGUGGGUUGCAUCCCAACUAAGUUAGUCAUGCUUCACACUGCAAUCCUACACAUGCCUGCAGAGAAGGAGUGAGACUUUGUGUAUAGGGACAUUGUGUAUAGGAUUGCAGGCUCAAUGGGACUGAAGUGUGACAAACCUAGUCUGGAUUCAGCCCUUUGUUAAACAAACAAAAAUCACAAAAUACAAUAUAUGAAACAAAAUCAGUAGUACAGAAAUAAAUGGGGUUUACCUCCCAGUCAGUGAAAGCAAUUCCUGUAAGAAGAACACAGGAUCAAGUUGAAUAAGACAUUUCAUAACCUGACAACAUAUUUUGAUAACUUUUACCACCCCCACCCUCCAAAGAAAACAUGAAAUUACUUGCCCGUAAUAUUUCCAGCAUCUUUUAUGUCAUCACAUCCAUUCCAAAGAUGGAGAGCAAUUCUGCUACCUUAUAAACCUUCAGAUUCCCUAUGAACCAACCCUGGUCUGUGUAUUUUUAUUUUAUUUUUAUUUUUUUGCAGUGGACCAACACACCCAAUCCUAUGCUUGCUGACUUGCUUGCAGAUUGGAAUGCAACUCCAAGUCAUGUACUUCUCUAGAUGUUGCCAUGCAUGUUUUGUGCACACAAAAAUACACAUUUCAAUGUAAAAGAUACAUACACAAUGCAUAUGGUAUUGAAUAAGCUCUUCAGUCAUCUCUCCUUUGGACUCUCUCAGCCUAACCUAUGGCACAAGGUUGCCAUGAAAUUCCUUGUGAGUUCCUGGAAGGAUGGGGGUGGAUGGGAUGGGAUUGGAAUGUAAUGAUUAUAAUACACUUGAAGCAACUGGAGAAAUAGUUCUACAAAAUUCUUUCUAAAGUCUAAGCACACAAUUCUCACUAUGAAGAAAAGUGGAGGAAAAGAAAAGCUUCUGCUGGCAUAAAAUAGAUGUCAAACUAGGCCCAUGAAAGAGCUGAGUUCAAAGCAUUGUAAGGACGACUGAUAAUGAGGCCAUCAAAGCACCUGUAUAGCUGCCUCUCCCUUUGAUCUUCUCAAGUUAAUCAUUUUCCAUGAUGUCAAUUGUUUACUGGCUCUGUUGCCAGUUGUCCUCCAAGGUGCCAAAAACCUGGCAAUAAACAAAUCAGUCCCACAUCUUGGCAUUAAGAAGAAAGGCUCCCCCAAAUCAAUGGUAAUUGAGUUUUAGAGUGCCAUCAGUUUUCUGUCAUUAAGGCCAUCUGUCUCCUUGGCAGAUUCCACAGUUGGUUCUGACAGCAUCGCUUUACCAAAAAUAAAAUAAAAUAAAAAUUGUGUAUGACUUUUUAGAUACCAAAUCCUAGCAGACAAUAAUUUCUCACUGCAUUUUUCAGCCUUCUUGAUUCAAGGAUCGUUUGUUUUAUCAAAUGUGUUUAUAAUAUGUUCCAGAACCCUUGAAGCAAUCUAAACUCAACAAAUCACAAAGCACUGAUAAAAACAAUCCCAAUCAUCAUCAUCAUCAUCAUUGUCGUCGUCGUCAUUUCCCUCCCCUAAACCCAAAUAUUAAUCUUGCACAGGGCAAAACAUUUACAGCAUCACAUAGCCUGAUAUGAAUUGCUGUGCUUCAAAACCUUAUAGUCAGCAUUUUAGAAAAUAGCUAGGUUCUGAACAGCAUAUCAUUUAUUUUCUCAAAAGGUAAGACCAUUGUCCUGUAUGUGCUAGAAAAUCAAAACUACAGAGCGAACUUUUCUAGCCUGUAUAAAUUAUGCAAAUUAAACAAUCUGCAUCUGUCAGGUUUACUUUGCUUGAUUCAUUGUGCUCCUGCCAGUGGUGUGAGAACAACAAGGAACUCGCCAAUCCAGACACUGCAAUCCAGUACCAGCAACUGGAGGACAGGCUUGCAGGUGUCAUAUUCUGGCCUGAUGAACCACAGGCAGCUCCAAGUGACCAAUUUGCUCCAACAGAGGUUGGGGGCAGACAGAGGUUCUAUGCCUCUGUCUCCGGACUACCUUCUUCAAGCUUCAUCACCUUGAGAGAACUACAGAGCCUUAAAGGGCAACCUUCUGGCCCAAAAAUGGACACUCCAGCUUCAUUCCAUAGCCUCCUGGUAUAUUCCUGGAUUGAUGAUGUAUAGUGGGAGGCAUCUGGGUCUUCCAGAUCUGUGAGAAUCCAGGCUCUGGUGGUCUGGAAGGUUCCUCUGGGAGUUCUUGUGCAACCAUCUCAGGGGCAAUGGUCUCACCAUUUUCCACAGUCAGCUCUGAGCCUUGACCCAGAAAGCCAGAUGGGGAACUGAUGGCCAGUGCUGUUGAUCAUGUUGUGCAAUUAAUUGGUUUCUAUGUUUUCUAAACUGCUUAGAAGCCAUCUGGGUGUUAAGCAGCCUAUAUAUUAUUAAUAUUACUCCUACUGCUAUUGCCUUUGAGGGACGCAGGUGGCACUGUGGUCUAAACCACAGAGCCUAGGGCUUGCCAAUUAGAAGGUCGGUGGUUCGAAUCCCCAUGACAGGGUGAGCUCCCGUUGCUCAGUCCCUGCUCCUGCCAACCUAGCAGUUCGAAAGCACGUCAAAGGGCCUGGGCAUUCAGCCUAACCCAAAAAAACCUCAGAACAAUGCAGCUUCCUGUGUCUUCUCUGACUGCCCCACCAUCAACAGUGGAAGUGAAGUUGGUGAUGACUGGGGACAGGGCACUUUCUGAUAUGGCAACCCAUUUGUGGAAGCCCUUCUUGGAGAUGGCAGAUCUCUCCCAGACAACAUUCUCUUUCCAGCACCAGGCAAGAACCCUUAAUUUUUCUUGGGCCUUUCCCCUCUGUGGAGUUUCAUCAUUCCAUCAAUUUCUCUUUGCUUUUGUGAUGUUGUUUGCAGAACUGUUGUAUUGCAACGGGUAUGUGUUUUAAUGUGUGCAAAAAGAGGGAGGGAAGCCUGAAAGCCCUAACUCUUGGAGAAGGGCUAUAGCUGAGAGGCAGAGCACCUGGGUUGCAGGCAGAAGGCCCCAGGUUCAAAUUCCCCACCCCUGCACAUUUCCAGGUAGGGCUUAGAAAGCUUCUCCUCUGAAACCUUGGAGAUGCGUCUGGCCAGAUAAUACUGAGCAGUCUGACUUAGAAUCAUAGAAUCGUAGAGUUGAAAGGGACCCAAGAGCCAUCUAGUCCACCCCUGCAAUGCAGGAAUCUCAACUAAGGCACCCAUGACUGAUGAACAUCCAACGUCUGCUAAGAAACCUCCAAGAGGCAGUCCACCACCUCCCGAGGAAGUCCGCUCCACUGUUCAGCCUUUCUCAACCUGUGGGUCCCCAGAUGUUGUUGAACUACAACUCCCAUCACCCCUAGCUAACAAGGCCAGAACACAGGGAUGGUGGGAGUUGUAGUCCAACAACAUCUGGGGACCCACAGGUUGAGCACCGCUGGCUGUUCUUACUGUCAGAAAGUUUUUCCGUAUGUCUAGCAGGAAUCUUCUUUCCUGCAACUUGAAGCCAUUGUUUCUCCGGAAGAGGAGAAAACAAGCUUGCUGAUCUUCUCUAGGAGAGCCCUUUGGAUACCUGAAGAUUGCUAUUCCUUGGCGCAAAGCCGGCGGCUCCCAGGGCCAAAGUGUUGCGGCGCAUCCUAGCGAGCGCCUGCGAGGCUCCCCCGCCCCGGAAAAACCAACGCCGUGGGAGUGGAGAGGGACGGCGCUCGCAGAGCUUCGGCGUGGCUGGGGAGACUUUUCUCUCUGCCUGGAACAGGAAGGUCGGAGAGGAGGCAGGCGCGAAGGCGCGCGAUGCGCGGGUGAAGGGAGCCCCUCCGGGGACCAGGCGCCCUCCUGACCGCGCGGAGCCCUUGGGGAGCCGAGCGGGCGCCGUCAGCUGAUGGGCGCGCCUCGGCUUAGGAGCGAGACAGCGGACUCAGAGGAAGAGAAGGAGGAGGAGGAGGAGGGCGGCUUCCCUUUGCUGCUGCAGCGCAUCCGCUGGAGCCGCAGAGCAGGCGCCCCGCAGGUAUUGCCAUCGCGUGGAUCGGGCGCGGUUUCCCAAAUAAAGCGUUGCGAGGGGGGAAGGGCGCAGAGAGAGACCCGCGUUGUAGCGCUAGCCUGUGUGUGAACACAAAAACACACGGUAGGGAGGUCCCACCGAAUUCAACGCGGCUUUCAGGCUCGCACGAUCCUGUGUUCCUUCCGGGAAGCGAGCCCCGUUGAAUCCAGCGGGGUCUUCCUUCCUGGAAUCGCUGCCUUAAAAAAAAGAAAGUCUCGUUGCGCCUCUCCGACUUCAGGCUGUUGUCUGGCAGCAAGUGCCAUCGAAUUCCUCGGGGCUUGCUGAGUGAACAGCGGCAUCCUAAACACCCUCGAGGGGGCUUCCUUCCGAGGAAGCGUGCUUAGGACUGCACGAUAAGGCUGCAGCCCCGUGGAGCAGAGCAAGGGCGCACAACAGCGUUCAGCUUUAGCAGAUUUAUUGUGGCAGUGGCAAGAUACCUUCAUCCGAUGGAAGGUAGCCAGUUCGAUGAGCGCGAGGGACUCUCAAUCCACGGUGAGUCUCUCAGGUGCUGGUGGGGCUGGGACACACUGGGGGUUGGGGGAAGCCUCAUGUUUGCAGAGUUCUUUGGAGGGUCCGUACUCGCCGUUUGCUUUUUGGUCUGUUCUUUGUGUGUGCUUGUGCAACCACCCUUGUGUGAGCCCAUAUCUCUGUCCCGUGGUGCGGUUGUCUGAUCACACACAAACACACCAGGAUCCCACAGGCAUUAUGUAGGGUAGUCUUCAGCAGUGCUAUUUUUCUAGAAAAAGAGGUGCCGGAACUCACCAUGAACACCUCCCUUGUUCUCUUAGAAUGGCAAUGGCGCCCACCUGAGAGGUGUCAGAAUUGAGUUACAGCUGGGGGAAAAGUCCUGGUCUUCACUAACCUGGUGCCUGCAGAUGUUUCAAACGACAUCUCCUGUCAAGCCCCAGCCAGGGCAGACAAAGUGAUCUCCUGUUGCAGAUGUUCCAAAUGCUGAGCUUCCCCUGUGGAGUGCUUUGGCGAAAGCAGUGGCCAACAUCCUCUUUCAGCUACUUUUGCGGAAAAUGCAAAAGGGAUCCCUAAGAGUGCAUUUUCACACCCAACAGAGCUUGCCUUGGUUGCUUUAUAAUGCAAUAUACGGGCAACGUUCGCACUGGCCAGAAUACUCAGUUGCAUUACAAAUGCCCACUGGAAAGAGAGACAGUAUAGUCAGCCUGGUCUAAAUUGUGAUGGCCGCAGCUAUCAUUGGCUCUGAUCUUUAGAAGUUUCCAAGUUGGGGGGGGGGGUUAUUGCAUUCUCAGAAAGAUGUCAAAAGUGGUGGUGUCUGUGUUUAGCACCUGAAUUAAAAUCGAUAGGGCUCAGGCUUGUGUGGAGAGCCCUGCCAUCUACCCCGGAGGGGAGACUGGGUCCUUAAUUCUGUUUUUGGAGGCUUUGAUUUCUCCGUGGCAAAUGUGGCAAAGGCACAUCAGGAUUCCCCCCCCCCCCGUAUUGUAUAAUACAUCUGUUUCUGUAAAGCAUGGACCUGACCAAAAAUAGAUGACAUUAAAUCUAAGAUUUCUCAAAGAAGGAGACAGAAGCGAAGGGGAGGCUACAAAGUCAGAACUGUUGGUAUUUGUAAGGGUUUUUUCUUCUCCUUCCUCCACUGCAAUGGCAUUAUCUCUUGCUUUCUCUUUUGCCCUAAACUUCCUGCAACCAAUGUGUUAACUUUCUAACGCUGCAAAAAUGCUUCAGAAAAGCAGAAGACUUGGCAUUCUCCAAUGGAAUGUGUAUCAUUCUUAAUGCAGGUUCUCUUUGGUCAAUUUACAGAUGCGGCAAACUCCGACACAGAAUUUGGAAUCUCUCACAAAUAUUUCCUUAGUGUGUAUCUCGGGCCUUCACCUGCUGGAUCGAUGCUUCACAAACCAGGAGUGUGACUGAGCUCUGGAGCCUGAAAUACUAUUGCUAUUAUCAUUACUUAUUAAAAGCAUAUCACCACCCACCAGUCGAUAUUCUCUGGGGAGGUUUGCAAACCAGGCAGUAUUAAAGCUAUGACAAAUACCAGUUAAAAAGUGACAAUAAGGAAUGCAAGACAGCAGCCAAAAUGGAAAUCCUGCAUUUCCUGGCAAUGAAGAUUUCAUAAACAGAUCCCAGUUCAGGUGACAAGCCAGGAUAAGUCACAACAGCCUAACUGAUAAACUGUGGAUUGAAUAAAAAACCUGGCAACACCCCCCCAAUGAACAAUGGUUUUUCCUUAACUAUAUAACCUGGGGGCUAACAAGGAGACCACCUUUUACAACCAGAAGAAGCAUUUCACUCCACUUUGCCUUCUGAAACUUUCUACUGCUCAUCCUUGCACAAUGGAUUGGUGCCCCAACUUCACCUGCUUCUCAGUCACUACAUCAGCCGAAUCCAACCGGACGGGCUCCAGCUCCCUCCUGGACCACCCUGGUGCCCGUGGACCCUUGUCUAUCUUUAGCGUCCUCGUCUUGACUCUGUUGGCCAUGUUGGUGAUUGCCACUUUCCUCUGGAACGUGCUGGUCCUGGCGACCAUAUUGCGUGUCCGCACUUUCCACAGGGUUCCUCACAACCUGGUGGCGUCCAUGGCCAUCUCGGAUGUGAUGGUGGCUGCCUUGGUGAUGCCUCUCAGCCUGGUCCACGAACUGUCCGGGCGGCGCUGGAGGCUGGGGCGGAUCCUGUGCCAGGUGUGGAUCUCCUGCGAUGUGCUGUGCUGCACGGCCAGCAUCUGGAACGUCACGGCCAUCGCUCUGGACCGCUACUGGUCCAUCACUCGCCACCUAGAGUACACCCUGAGGACCCGCCGGCGCAUCUCCAACAUUAUGAUUGCUCUGACGUGGAUCCUCUCGGCCAUCAUCUCUCUGGCUCCGGUGAUCUUUGGCUGGGGGGAGACUUAUUCGGAGGGCAACGAGGAAUGCCAAGUCAGCCAGGAACCUUCUUACACCAUCUUCUCUACCUUUGGGGCUUUUUACCUGCCCCUCUGCGUGGUGCUCUUUGUCUACUGGAAAAUCUACAAGGCAGCCAAGUUUCGCAUUGGAUCCCGGAAGAGCAACUCCAUCACUCCUAUCACACCUGAAGCCCUGGAGGUUAGUUUUUCAUCAGGUGCUGCUGUCUGCUCUAGAAUUGGGCAGCACAUUCACACAGCAGACCUUCUGUUAGGCAGGGUGAAGUGGCUGUCAGUAAUUUAUUACUGUUGUUGUGUUUUUAGUACUGGGGAGAGGCGCUUGUGGACUUUUCUGGUGGCCUUGUGUACUGUACACCUUGACUCAGGGAGGGGCACUGUUUGCUGCUCUGUGCUGGGCACCCAAAUGUCUGUGGCUGCCCUUGACUAACAACCACUUUGAGCCCUGAGCACAGUGGCUAACAGCGAGUUGCUGAAUUUAUUUAUCUUAUGCAAUGGCUGUUGCUGUCUGCUGCCUGAAUGUGUGAGCUCACAAGCCCUUGGCUCAUAUUUCAUCUCAGCCAGGAACUCCGUAGCCAUCCUUAGGUAGUCAUUGUUCCCUCUGCCUUACUUCUCUUCACCUCCCCCCCUCUCGCUCAUUCUGAAAUAAGAAGGCAUUAAUCCUGGUUUUCUUUACAGGGUUGUUGCAAAGAUAAUAUCUGUGAAGCACUUGGAAAACUUGAAAGUGUCAAGUAUUAAAAGACACAUAUAGGCUUUAGUGGGCUAUCUUCCACUAAAGAUAUUUAAGUUUAAUCUUAACAGUGUUGUUGACAUCAAUCAGGGCUUUCGUUCUUUUUCUCUUUAGGGCUGAACCAGUGCUGCUUUGUUCAGGAUUCUAGCCAGCCAACAAGCCAUGCCCUGUUAUUCCAUUCCAUUCCAUUCUCCAAUCUGCUACCUACUAUCCAUUCAGCAUUCCUUAUCCACUGAUCUUGCUCAGUUCUCAAUGAGCUGCUUUUUGCCCUCUCCUGCAUAGUUCUCCCCCAGCCAUGCAAAAUAUGGUACCUUUCUUGUAGUUCUGCAAACAUUGCCGUUUCUUUAAGCCUGUUUAUACCUCCCUUCUUGUGUGUGGGUGUGCAGUUUUGGUUUCAUAAGGUUCCAUGCAUGAAGAAUGAGUUUGCUAUGCAUAUAUCAUAUUAAUCCCUUAAUUAAGCAAACAGGAUGAAAACUGAGAUACAUUUCACACAUAGGAGAACCUACACAAUUCAAGCCCUUUGUAUUUGCUUGUGGGUGCAUUACCUAAAAGCACUCAAGGGAGAGCUCACAAAAGGCUUUUCUUUUUACACAGGUCUGGGAUCAUAAGACUAUCCACACAAAAUAAUUUGAAAUUGUAAGGCAGAAAAUAAGCGUCAGUAUCCUCAGAAGUCAUUGGUUCCAUUUAUUUAGGACACAGCAUUCACUGAAAAUCUUGUUUGUUUGUUUUAGGGUGUCAUAUGGACUAGAAACAUAAGCAGCCUUAAAAAGAAAAAGAAAAUAGCAAGGGUAGGGAAUAGCUGCUAAAAAGACUAAUCCUAGAACUGAUACCAUUUUGCAGAAAGGAUAGUGUGCCUUUAGGGACGCGGGUGACGCUGUCGGUUAAACCACAGAGCCUAGGACUUGCUGAUCAGAAGGUCGGCGGUUCGAAUCCAUGUGACAGGGUGAGCUCCCAUUGCUCGGUCCCAGCUCCUGCCAACCUAGCAGUUCGAAAGCACGUCAAAGUGCAAGUAGAUAAAUAGAUACUGCUCCGGCGGGAAGGUAAAUGGCGUUUCCAUGCGCUGCUCUGGUUCUCCAGAAGCGGCUUAGUCCUGCUGGCCACAUGACCCGGAAGGUGUACGCCGGCUCCCUCGGCCAAAAAAGCGAGAUGAGCGCCGCAACCCCAGAGUCGGCCACGACUGGACCUAACGGUCAGGAAUCCCUUUACCUUUACCUUAGUGUGCCUUUAACAGUUGUCAGACAGGCUGGCAGGUAUAAACAGAACCUUUUAUUGAUACAGAGAUGUGGUAAUGGGGGAACAUUUUAAAGACAAAUGAAAUGGAUUCUAAGUCAGAUCACUGGUCUGACUCUAGGUCUAUGCUGCCUACACUGAUUGGCAGAAGCUCUCCAGGUUUUCAGUCUGGAGUCUUUCUUAACACUACCUGGCACAAGAGCCAACUCCUAGGUGCUGUGAUGGCUUCGGCCCCCAGAAUAAAAUAUUUGAGGGGGCUGGGCCCCCACAAAGGUUAUGGGCAUUCCCAUUCAAAUGGGGUGUGUGACUGAGUCAUGUGAUCGGUUAUGCAGAGUGGGGCUUACCUGGGUCCCCACAAUAUUUUAUCCAAGUUGGCACCUGUGCUACCUGGAGAUGGGAGGAAUUGAACCAGGGACCUUUGCAUGGUGCCAGGCUACUUUGAGCCCUUGGCAAGGCUAACUGCUUGCUCACCCGCCUGCCAACUGCUAACUUCAGUUUUCAAAAGCAGGUGUCUUGCAGAAAAAGUGAACAGCACAAAACUCGAAACCGCCACAUCUACUUUAAAUUGCAAGAAUAAGUAACACAACCAUCUUUGGUUGCCUUUCUCAAAUGCAAUUUUAAAAAAAAUGUUUCAGCACCCGAAUCAUUUUGAAUAAUCUUGUGAAUUGUGAUGUCAAAAUUUACAUCUCUUUAAAGUUUCAAUUCCAGGCACAUCAACAUCUCACUUUGCAUGCCUCCUCCUUUGCAAAUUUUGCCACCAAUUCCUUCAGCUCAAGGAAUUUAUUUCACUCCUAGAGCUAUAAUUCCCUAUGAAGAGGGAUUGAUUGUUAAACCACUGAGAGAACAGUAGCUCUGAGAUGGGAAUAGCACCCUUAACAAACUACAGUUCCCAGAAUUAUUAUUUUUUGGGGGGGGGAGGAAACCAUGACUGUUAAAAAUGGCAUCAUAGUGCUAUAAACCUAUGGUGUGAAUGUGGCCAAAAUGAAAGGCAAUAUCUAAAUAUUGUAUGUAAAUAUUCCAUUCCCAUGAGCCUUGGCAGUUAACUGAGCUAUACAGAAGCUAACACUUUCAUUUUAGUGCAAAAUUUUUUAAAACCCAGCCCAUUUAUGUAGGGUUCCUUUCAGUGUCUCUGCAUAAACUCCAUAAGUCACCAGUUAACAAUUGGUUCAUCUGCAGAACAUCCCAAUUGAAUCUUGUCUUUAUUAAGAAUCCAUUUGUUGAUCCUCCGCAGCCCUGGCCCCUUAGCCUUCCAUGCCUGAGUACCAUCUUGCAGCCAACAGCUACAUUUGGCAGCUUGACAAUACAUGACACUUGGGGAGCGACCCACACCAAGGCAGCUGUGACCUACCCUUUGGGACCUGGCACCUCCUGCUUUUUAAUCUCACAACUUCAGCCCCGGCUGGCCAGCAGCACAUUAUACUGCAGCUCCUAUUUAACAUUUAAUUAGCAUCUUUAUUGUGCUAGGCAUCGUACACCACAAAGGCUUGACAUUCUCCCUGCCCAGAGGAUAAAACAAAAUGAAAACUCAGGCAGGCUUGGAGGAGCGGAGGGGCCGGGGAGACGACGGAAAGCACAGAACAGGUGAAGCUACAAAUUGGGGUGCGGGGAAGGCUUUGCGGAAUCAGUGGAUGCUGAGGAACAUAAGAAGAAUCUACUGGAUCUUGCAAUGGCCCAUCUAGCUCUGCAUCUUACAGUGGUGCCUGGCAAGACGAAAUUAAUCCGUCUGCGAGUCUCUUCGUCUUGCGGUUUUUUCGUCUUGCGAAGCACGGCUAUUAGCGGCUUAGCGGCUUAGUGGCUAUUAACGGCUUAGCGGCUUUAAGAAAAAGGAAACAAACUCGCAAGAACUCGCAAGACGUUUCGUCUUGCGAAGCAAGCCCAUAGGGAAAUUUGUCUUGCGGAACGACUCAAAAAACACAAAACCCCUUCGUCUAGCGAGUUUUUCGUCUUGCGAGGCAUUCGUCUUGUGGGGCACCACUGUAUUCUCCCAGUGGCUGGCUAGAUGUCCAUGGGAAACCUUCAUCAGGACCUUAGCAUAAGAGCUUAGCCAGCAUGGCUAGUAGCCAUAGAUAGCUUUAAAGGUAAAGGGACCCCUGACCAUUAAGUCCAGCUGUGGACGACUCUGGGGUUGUGGCGCUCAUCUCGCUUUAUUGGCAGCUUCUGGGUCAUGUGGCCAGCAUGACUAAGCCGCUUCUGGUGAACCAGAGCAGCGCACGGAAAUGCCGUUUACCUUUCCGCCGGAGCGGUACCUAUUUAUCUACUUGCACUUGGUGCUUUCAAACAGGGACCGAGCAACGGGAGCUCACCCCGUCGCUGGGAUUCGAACCGCUGACCUUCUGAUCGGCAAGUCCUAGGCUCUGUGGUUUAACCCACAGCGCCACCCGCGUCCCUUAUGGAUAGCUUUACGCUCCAUGAAUUUGUCUAAUUCCCUUUGAAAGCCAUUCAAGUUGAUGGCCAUUGCGGCUUCCUGUGGGAGCAAGUUCCCUAGUUUUAAUUAUGUGUUGCAUGAAUGGAUACUUCCUUUUAUCUGUCCUGAAUAUUCUGACAUUCAGCUUAAUUGGAAGUCCUAGUGUUAUGAGGGAGGCAGAAAAACUUUCCCUAUCCACUUUCUCAUCCCAUUCAUGAUUUUAUAAACUUCCACAAACACACCACCUCCUACUCUUGCCUUUUCUCUAAACUGAAAAGUCCCAAAUGUGGCAGCCUUUCUUUGUAGGGGGAGCUGCUCCAUCCUUUGAUCAUUUCAGUUGCCCCUUUCUGAACCUUUUCCAACUCUGCCAUAUCCUUUUUGAGGUGAGGCGACCAGAACGACCCACAGUAUUCCAACUGCAGUCACACCAGAGAUAUUCUCAGUAUAAGGGAUCUGCUAAGUACAUGCCUCUAGCCAUAGAUGCUGCUUGUUUAUCUAAUGCACAGGGGUUUAUAGCGUUAUAGAAAAGCAUGAGGUUGCUGCAGUCACAACAUAAUGCAUCAAUACGAAAAAUACAUUGGGGGGCAAAAAUAAAACGUUGGAAAUCUUAUAGGUGGGGGAAAAUACAAUCUACCAGUGAUGUAACUUUAGUGUUGUUGUUUAGUUGAUUAGUUGUGUCCGAGUCUUCAGGACCCCAUGGACCAGAGCACGCCAGGCACUUGACUUUUAUAUGCCUGUUGUUACUGUCCAUGGAGCUUUCUUGGCAGCGAUACUGGAGUGGAUUGCCGGUUCCUUCUCCAGGUGGAUCACAUUUAGUCUAAACUCUCAGCUAUGACCUGUCCGUCUUGGGUGGCCCUGCACGGCAUAUCUCACAGCUUCUCUGAGUUAUUCAAGCACCUUUGCCACAACCAGGCUGUGAUCCAUGAUCCAUGUACAGUCCAUCAAAUGAGAGGGGCAGGGUAAAAACUUGUUUUCAGAGGGCACUAGUCACCCAGGGAAGGGAAUCUGUAUCUUAGUUGUAGAGCCCAUCUUUUGCAUACAUAGGGUAUGAGGUUUAAUCUCUGGCAUCUCCAGGUAGGGCUAAGACCCCCAUCUGACCCUCAGAUAGCUUCUGCCAGUCAGUGUCACCAAUACUGUUAGAUGAGCUGACUUGGUAGAAAACAUCUCCCUGUGGACCAGGGAUCUUGUCAACAGGGAGUGUGGACUUCUCAUUUUGGCAGCUGGACUGCCUGCAGCCCCUGGCCUUUCCCAGCAGUGACAGUGAUUGAUGGGGGGGGAAAAGUCGCCCCAUUCCACUGGGGUGUUGCAUUACUCUCCGCUGGUUAGCUUUUGCGUUGUGGUGUGAACUAGAGGUAGUCAAAGGUGGACAACUGCUCUGGAUAGCCGGUGGCCUUCCAACCCUUUGCCCUGAAAGUUGUUGUCGUUUAGUCGUGUCUGACUCUCCGUGACCCCAUGGACCAGAGCACGCCAGGCACUCCUGUCUUCCACUGCCUCUCGCAGUUUGGUCAAACUCAUGCUGGUAGCUUCAAGAACACUGUCCAGCCAUCUCGUCCUCUGUCAUCCCCUUCUCCUUGUGCCCUCCAUCUUUCCCAACAUCAGGGUCUUUUCCAGGGAGUCUUCUCUUCUCAUGAGGUGGCCAAAGUAUUGGAGCCUCAGCUUCAGGAUCUGUCCUUCCAGUGAGCACUCAGGGCUGAUUUCCUUCAGAAUGGAUAGGUUUGAUCUUCUUGCAGUCCAUGAAAGUACUUGAGGUCUUUUGAGUGUUCGGCUCUCCCUCUUCUCCCAGGGCAAAAGGGGCCCCCCAGCAGUAAAAGAUGGUGCUCUGGGUAGCUGUAGGGGGGCUCCCCACGUCCUCCACCACCUUCUGUAAGGUAAGGUGUGGUGUCUUUUUAGGUAAGAGGGGGGUGGAAAGGUGGCUGUUCCAGGAGUGCAAGCCAAAUUGAGGCUGUGACCACUAUAUAUUGCCCCCCCAAAUUGAGGGUAUGCAUAGGAGGUGUUCAGCUGUGUGCACGCACAUGCUUGGAACUCUCACCUCACUGCAAAACUCCAGGCAAACCUCUGCUGGGCAUCAUCUUGCAAAUUAGCAUGCAGCACACAGGAUUUCGUGUUUGGCAACUGGCAGGUGGCAGGCCGGCCAGCAAAACAAACACACACACACAUGCGUCUGAAGAUUAUGUUUGUCUUUGGCAGGUGAAGGAAGUCUCCCAGCAGCCGCAGAUGGUGUUCACCGCCCGGCACGCCACAGUCACCUUCCAGACGGAUGGAGACACGUGGAGGGAGCAGAAAGAGAAGAGAGCUGCCCUUAUGGUGGGCAUCCUCAUCGGGGUAUUUGUGCUGUGCUGGAUUCCCUUUUUUAUCACAGAACUCAUCAAUCCCCUCUGUUCCUGUGACAUACCCCCGCUCUGGAAAAGCAUUUUCCUUUGGCUCGGCUAUUCCAAUUCUUUCUUCAACCCUCUGAUCUAUACGGCCUUCAACAAGAACUACAACAAUGCUUUCCGGAACCUCUUCUCCAGGCAGCAGUAAGCGAGGGGGGGGCUCCUUAUAUCACAAUAAAUGCUCAAUUGUCACAGGGCAUUCAGACUUCUUUCUUGAAGCACUUACUUGGUGAAGAGAUUGUGUUUUCCCAGCACAAAGAAGCAACAUUUUAUUAUUGGGAUUACCUGAUUUCCCUUGCUAAUGCUGUGUGGAAGAUAAUGUUUCUGAGCACCAUGGAAUGGUCUCCCCUGGGAAGUAACAUACGACACUAUAUGUAAUGAGCUAUGCCAAUUUCUUCUCAUGCCCACAUCCUUUUAUUGGAGAGGAAACAUUAACCUACAAAGUGCUUUUUGGCCAAGCCUCACUUAAUAUCUCAAGAGUUGGCUCAGUCGGUAGAGCACAAGAUUUAAACUCAGGGCUGUGGGUUUGAGCCCCACAUGGGGCAAAGGAUUCCUGCACUUCUAGAGGUUGGACUAAAUGACCCCUGUGGUCCCUUCCAACUCUACGAUUCUAUUAUUCUAUCUGCCCCACACCUGUAGUCACACUUUGAGGCCUGGUGGACCUAAUUUUGCUCGUGAACCCGAGGUUCCCCAUCCCACUCUUUAUCAUGAACUUACUGAUUAACUGAAAACCAGGUCUCUCGAGACAGAUGGAUGCGAACACCAACAAUUUCUAUACUGCUCAAUAUGUAAAUCUCUAAGUGGUAUACAACUUUUUAAAAAGCACAAAUUU